AUGUCAUCCACGAACCCAUCAGACAUUCCUCCCAUAUCGGCUCUACGAGAAGCACUCGAUUAUGGCGACGUUUCGUUGCCGCGAUGUAAGGCCUUCUACGACAGCUGUCGAUACUUUCAAAGUUCAUUCAUAAGUCGUCAAGGUUGGGAAGCAAGUAGUCUUUUUGACUGGAAGUCAAGGGAACACCAAGCUGCCCUUAGUGAAAUGACUCGUGCCUACCUCGACACUGGCGGGAAUGGACGAGUAUUUUGGCCAGACAACGAGACAACAAGUCGUUCCAACAAAUUAAAGUAUUCUGUCAACCAGGCUUUGAUCAGGCGAGUCAUGCGGCAGCUUUUCUGGCGACUGAACCUUCAGCAACAUCGCAACGCCAAGUACAGGAAAAACAAAAAAACAACAAACGAACCCUCAAGGAAUGGGAGGGGCCUUAGCCACGAUAAUCCCAUAGACCUGGAUCUUGUAGUCGAUGAAUCAUCUAAUCGAAGGGCAGCUGAUACUCCCAACACCCCGAGGUCAGAAACAGUUCCCGGCUUCGCUAAUCGGCUGGAAAAUGACAACGCCAAUACUCUAGGCCCUGCCAGUUCCAUGAGGCAAGGCAGCAAAGAUCUUUAUCGUGUGCCCGACAGCCCCGAUUUAGGGACUCAUGUUCCUACUAAUCAGCCAAUAUUUGGGCUCAUGUCUUCCGGUCCCCGAAACAACGACACCCGCCGAUUUGUGCCCUACACGGAUGCAGAAAUGGAGCCCCCCGCCAACCGCACCGUUGCUGAAGACACGGCCCCAGCUGAUACAAUGUCGUCAGUCAAACGCGGUAAGAGACGUGCUGUAUAUCAGAUGAGCCGAUCAUCGCCCCGUAAAAGGAGGACACGCAGAGACCCGGGAUUUGCUACUCAGGAGGAAGUUGACAACGCCUUGCAAUCUCCUGAGCGCGCUCCCAGCCCCGCGAACGAUGAAAAUCACGCAGCGGUUGAGCUCAAUACGGCGGCCGGUGAAGGUUCAUCCAGAAACACCAACUACGCACAGCGGGACGCUGGAGAGGGUCCAUCUACAAACACCGACUAUGCACGACAUGAACUUCGAGCUACCAUUGAAGACGAAGCGGAAGAAGAUGAUACAAAUGCAUUCGUUGACGACUCGAUCAUUCAAUUGGAGAACGAAAUUUUGCAGUCCGCCAACACGGCCACGAGCAACAACAGCAACAUAGCGCCUUUUGCGCAGAUGAACCCGACUGAGUCUACGCCCCAAGGCGCAGAAACCAGUGCAGCUGGGGAACAAAUGGGUUUGGGAUCAGUACCUUCUGGUUCUUCGGCAGUUGGUAUUGAAGACCAACAAGCCCAAAAUAACCAGCCAAUUGUGGACAAUAACCCACCUCAGGUGACUCCAAGUAAGAAGAAGCCACAGCUCGAGUUCAACUACAGUGUGAUCACCAAUUACCCCACUCGCAAAAGCACACCCUGGAUCCCCAAGGGAAGCUUCAAGAGCAAGACUCUUUCUGAGCUCUGGAGCGAGUUACCCGUUGACCUCUCUUCGUCACACGUAAAAUGCCUCCGUUUUCUAAUGGUGGCUCCUGGGACUUGUGCAGAACAUUUGGUCUACCCGGAGCAGGAAGAUCAAUUUAAUGUCACUAAGCGGCGACUCGCAAAGUUCAUGAUCGCCUGCUUGGCGGAGGCAAAGGAUGGGAAAACUGUUAAUGUAGACAUUGAGAUCGAGGUGGUGACUGAUGCGGACGCCACGGGGGGAGGAAUAGACGAGGAAGAUCUUGUCUGGUGA